AUGGUUCGAACCUUGGGCGUUGGGCUCUUGGUGCAAGCGUUGACGGCCUGCUGGGCCUUGCGGGCGGGCCGUGAGGACGCCGACCUUGGCAAUCUGAGCUUCAGCGAGUUCCCGCCGCUCUGCGACGAGGGGCUUGUGUCCCAGACCUGCAGACACCUCAGCGGCGAUGGCAGCGGUACGACAAUUGGGAAGGCGGAUAUUGCCAAGGUUCUCUUCAAGACGGAAGAGCAAAUUCAGCACUUGUGGCAGGUUCUUGAUCUCCCUGCAGAUGAGCUCGCGACAUGCCUAGAUGUCUGCAACGCCAUAACAGAGUACAUCAAGGACUGGCACGUGCUUCCACCGCGCAGUGACCUCGCUUGCUACACCAUCGGCAGAAGGUGGUUCUGCGACGCCGACGUCAGACCUGAUCAGCUGAAGAUCGCCGGUCUCUCUGAGGAGCAGGACCUUCCAGACCUACAUGACCAGGAGUCCCAACCUGUGGCUGGCGCGACCUCGUAUCGGAAGCCCGAGGCAGAAGUAGCAACAUCCUGGCAUCUUGUGGAGCGUGUCGCAAACCUCUUCAGGAUCUUUCCAGCUGAAUCACCUGGUCGAGAAGAAGCUUUUGCUCCUCCCACGAUGGAUGACUCAUCAGACUACACGAGCACGAUUCGAGUUAUCAUGAGGUCCGGGCAGAUUGCGGAAGCAUUCCUGGGUGCCGCUCUUCGUGCCUUUGAGAAUAACAUGACAGGCAACCAAAUGCUGCGGUGGUUCGGUGCUGAUGAUGCGAACGUGGAAAGGAAUAUUCGACUCACCUUGAACUCGGCCGCAGACUUGCUUUCCAAAGCUCACUUUGUGUACCCGGGCCCAACAUGCACCAAGAAGCAGCUGGCGUAUGCUCUUCCAAACGGAAUCGAUUGCUCUCGGCUGCAGCUGUCUGACGCCGGCGUUCCCUGCGCCUCCUACGGCGCGAAGUUUGUGUUGUACGUCUGCCCUCUCUUCAUGAGCCACCCAAAGCAGCAAGUGCUCACCUUGAUACAUGAAGCUUCACAUCACGCCAUGGCAUUCACGGAGGAUGUCUGCGCGGAUCCCACCAAGCCUCCGGAAGAGUGGAAUUGCACACCGAAGGGCUACGGAAGGGCCACCUGCAGACUCCUGGCUGAGCACAUGCAAGCCAGGGCGCUGAUCAAUGCCGACAACUAUUGCUACUAUGUGCAGGAUGUGGUGGACCAAAACUCCCCCGAAUGGGUCCCAGUCUGGCGAUCUGAGCCGCGGAACGCUGCACCCUUCACCUGCCCGCCCCUCUCGGUGCCUCGAGGUUCCCUCUGCAGCUGUCAGCAUGGAAAUCACUGUUUCCAGGAUGGAGCCGAAGGAUGCCAGCUCAAGUCAAGCACCAGCCUGCAAUUCUCACUGCCAUCUUGUGAAGAUUGCCGCUGCGCUCGCUGCCCUCUCAAUGCACGGCUGCUUCCUGGAGGGAUCUGCGAGUGCAACGAGCAGUUCCACUGCUCGACCACAUCUGAUAGUGGCUGCUACGCCGACCUGCGCAACUUCUCCGUCCUCUCCUGCCCCACUUGCUUCUGCCAGCGAGCUCCACCAAAAACGAAGUCCAUGUACAAGGAGCAUCGACUCUGCACCGAGCCAUGCGGCUCCAUGGUGCUAGGCCAAGUGCUCGCCGAGAAUCGCUGUGCGAAGUGCAAAGGGACCGACUGCUACCUGUACGACUGCACUUUGGACCCCUGCAAGGACAAGAGCUGCGGGAAGUUCGCUUAUUGCAAGGCCUGGGCUGGCAAGCCGCAGUGCAGAUGCUUCUCUCAGUAUCGGCAGGGCUCGGAUGGCUGCCAUCCGGUAAUCCAGGAGAACGACAGGUGUUGCUACACGGGAAAAUCGCAGUCGCUGAUCCGGGCCGUGUGGGUCCCUCGUGAACUGCAGCCCACGAACUGGUAUUUCAAACAUAUCUGCCCGACGGUCGAUGGGAUCAAGUGGAGGAAGGCGCCAAGGACUGAGUGCACAGGCGUGAUCUACCAGCACCCUGACAACCACCUGCUCGGGCUUGGCAAGGGAGUUGAAAUCUGA